AUGAAGUAUCUUUUCAACUUCUCAACCCUCAUAGCCUCGGCGCUUGCGGUGGAUGUUUCGACAGUGUACCAGUUUCCCAAUGGGACAUGGCUUGAAAACAUUGCUGCGAUGCGCAACGGCUCCCUCCUCGUAACUACUCUCGGUACUGGCCAGGUUCACAUCGUUCACCCCCAGACCUCACCCGUAACAUUCUCCACCAUCGCCACUUUCCCGAAUGCAACAGGCGCGUUUGGUAUCACCGAGUAUCAGAAGGACGUCUUUGCCGUGGUAGUUGCGAAAUCCGCACCCGAAAACCCGCCGACCUUACAGAGCUCUUGGUUAUGGAAACUUGAUAUGAGCCAUAAGAACGAGGGAGCAAGAGUCAGCAUGGUGGCGGAGCUACAUGAUGUGGCUAUGCCUAAUGGCAUGACGACUCUUGAUCAUGGCACGUUGCUAUUGGCAGACUCGUACUAUGGAAACAUUGCUGCAGUUAAUACCACGACUGGGAGAACAGAAGUCGUUCUCGAAGACCCAAGCUUAGCAGCCAAUCUUUCUGCGCCUGGAAUACAGCUAGGUGCCAACGGGAUCAAGGUUCACGAUGGAUAUGUAUACUACACCAACACUGCGCAGAAUCUCGCUGGCCGUGUUCGUGUUCAUCCAUCUACUGGCAAGCCCAACGGCUUUUUCGAAACUGCGCGCGAUUCGACUCUCACUGGCCCAGAUGAUAUCUCAAUAGCAAAGGAUGGCAGUAUAUACGUCUCUGAACCUUUGGCGGCACCGCAGGGCGACAAAAUUCAGCACAUUACAGUCGAUGGCAAGGUUACCACUAUUGCCGAAGGUGGACUGGUAGCAGGCUCGACGGCGUCAGCAUUUGGAAGAACAAAGAAAGAUAACGGUACCCUUUAUCUGACUACUAUGGGUGGAUUUGGAGCGAAUGGACUGCCCAAGGCAGGUGGGAGGAUCGUCGCAUUGAAGUUGGAAUAG